AUGCGCGUGCUUGAAAGAGAUAAGGUGAGCACAAAAAAAUCAAGAGAAAUUUAUUAGUUAUAAUAAUUAGUAAGGGAGUUAUAAAGAUUAAUUUUCAGCUACCUGCAGUCAAAAAUCGAGAGAAUUUUGAGGAGGAUAAUUUACCAAUAUUGAAAUGUCCUCGUAAGUUUUUUUUGAUAUCAUUUAUAAAUCAAUAAAAAAGUUUUUAGCUUUCGAUAAAUCGAAGAUUGAGCCGUUCAUUCUAUCAGAAUUAUCGAAAACGCAAAAGUUCGUUCCUUCAAAAUCUUCUUCCAAAUCAAAGAAAGUUGUCAAUUUUCUAUCCAACCGAAAAUUCAAACAUGUUCCAAUCAAAAAACCGAGUGAAAAAAUCGAAUAUUUUUCGGAGCUGGCAAUGCCGGUAAUAAUUAAAAAACAAUUAUCGGUGGAGAAAUUCGAGGUGGAAAACAAGAAUCCGAUUGUCAAAUUAUCCAAGAAAGAUUCCCAAUCUUACAAGGAAAGCUUCCACAAAUUGGAUCUGAUUUUAAAGAGAAGAGGUGGUAGAGCUGUGAAGUCUGCAAAUCCAGAAAAAGUUCUUGCCAAAUGUUUGAAAUUGGCUGGAAAAGUGAAAAGAGUUGGAGCCAGUCUUUUACAAGACAAUUCGUGUAUGUAUCCCUUAGAUUACAACAAAUUGUUCUCUCCACUCGUUCCUGGAAAUCCUGAAGGUCCUUCGAAGUUGUUAAUGGAGAAAAUGGAAUUGAUGUUGGAUUCACGUUAUGAUUUCGAUGAAUCGAAGCGAGAAUAUUCGGAAGAGAAUAAGAAACGAAAGAUUGAUUUGAAAAAAUGGGAAGCAAGAAAGAAAAAGAGUGCAAAGAAGACUGAAUUGAGAAAUAAGAAAAUCGAGUUGAAAAAGAAACAGGAUGAUUUGAAGGAAAAAUUAGAUGAAUUAUCGAAAAAGAGGGUUGAACUGGAAAAUAAGAAAUUAAAGAUGGUAGAAGAGAAAAAUAAGAAAAAGGCCGAACGAGAAAAGAGGGCCAAGCAAAAAGAAAUGGCCGAAUUGGAAAGAAAGAAAGCUAGAAAAGAGGAAAAAAGAAGACGACGUGAAAAGGAGGAAAGAAGAAUUCGCAAAGCAAAGGAAGCUGAAUCAGCAAAAUCCGAUUCGAAAUGUGAGUUAUCUGAGAGAUCCUUCUGAAGUCCUAAAUUGAAUUUUAAGUUCAAAAAUUAUAUCAGAUUUUGAUAUUCCUGAAGUUCAGGCGUUUCUGGAAUGGAUAUUUCUCAGAGUUAAAUUUCAAAUAAAAGUUUGAAAACUUAUAAAAUUAAAUUUCAACCUCGAAAUUUUGAAACUCUUUCUUUCAGUGUUUCAUUAUCCAAAUUUACCAAUUGUCACCCGCAAGUUGAAAUUUCAUUUUUAAAAGUUCUCAAUCGCAUAAUUUAUAUUUGACACAAGAAUUUGGAUGUCACAGCUAGUUUGGCCAAUUAUUUAUAAUUGACAUAUUCAUAAUUGACGUGGACAAAAUUUGAAAUUUGAGAUCACAAUAUGUUGCUCAAAUUAGUUCCAAUUUCAGUGAAAAAAAAAUUCAACAAUUUUUGGAACACCAAUUUUUUCUUCAGCCCCAGAAAACUGUUUUAAAAUAUUUUAUUUAUUUUCAUUCAUUGAAUUUAUAAAUCACAUAAUUUCCAUUUUUGUGGUAAAAAAUUAUUUGAAAUUGAAUUUUUCAUUUUUCAGCUAAAAAGAAGCCAGAAUCCGAAGUCUGUACUCCAUCUUGUUCAACUUCAACUCUUCCUUCAUCUUCUGCACCAGUCGCCACAGUUUCAUCAUCAAAUAAGCGAAAAUCGAAAUCACCAGAUCUCGAAAAUCUUUUACAAAUCGCGCAACCAUCAAAACUUCCACGUAUUCCAUUGAAAUCGAAAAAAGAGGAUCCGCUGAAAAAAUCAGAUUCUGGAAAUGUUCCAAGCACUUCAGCAUCGACUUCAGAUGUUCAAGAGGCAGCGCAUAAUUGUGAGUUUUUUUCUGAUUGUGAAAAAAAAUGGUUGAAAAUAAUUUUUAGCGGUUGGCAAGAAAUCAUCAUCAAAUUCAGCAUCGACUUUGGAUUUGAUUCGAGAUAAAAAAGAGGAAGAAUUGAGAAAGGAAAAGGAGAGAAAAGAGGAGGAAAAAAGGAAAGAACAAGAGAAAAAACAGGCUAGAAUUCGAGAAAUUGAACGACAACAGAGAUUUGAAGAGGAAAAGAAGAGGGUUGGUUUGGGAUUUUCGGUCGGGAAAUAGGAAUUGGGUUCAAAUAAUUAUCGAUUUUUUGAAACCGAAAAAUUAAUAAAAUCAAAAAUUUCUCUAAAAAAACGUGAACUUUUUCAAACGUGACAUUAUUCUCAAAAUUCAAUAUUUUAAUUUUUAUUCUUCACUUUCACAAAAUCCUCUUGAAAAUUCAAUAAUGUAACAAUCCAAAAUACCAAAUCGAAAUUAUUCAGAGAGAAAUCGAAGAAUGUCGCCGCGAAUUGAUCGAACAAGAAAAACGACAAGAAGAGCAGGAAAAGGCCAAGAAAAAAGAGGAAGAAAUGGAAAGGUUGCGAAAAAAUAUCAAAGACAGCAAACAACAAAUAUUGGAUAAAGAAGAAUCACAAAAACAGAAUCAAAUUGACAAGAAUUUGCAAGCUAUUAGAAUGAAGACAAAAGCGGCGGCUGAAGCAAGAAGAAGGGAAUAUGAACAGAAUUUGGCAAGACAAUCGAAUGCUGUUCGAAUCGAAGAACCACCGAUGAAACAACAAUGUUUUUCAAAACCACCUUCGAGACCGCCAAGUACACCGUGUGAUGAAUUUUUGGAUGAAAGUUAUUCUGGAAUUCCAAUGUGAGUUUUUUGAGUAAAAAUUCUAUGGAAUACAUUUGUGAGGAAUUAUCUAUUGAAAUUUGUUGAAAAAAUCUGUUCCAUUUCUCUCCCUGAAAACGCCCGAUUCGAAAAUAUCUUUUUCAGACAACCAUAUGAAGAUAACAGUGUUGCUCCAACUUUUGGACCAGAUCCCAGUAAGUUUUAGAAUUUUGGCAGUCAUAUUUGGUCCUUAACCCAUUUUUCCAGUUGUGCCAUCACGUAUUUCUUAUCCACCAGUCUUGCUUUAUUUCAACUUUGAUUUAAGAAUUCCACCAAAAGUCGCGAAAAACAUGCCAACAAGAGCUGAAAAAAGUUGGUUUUUUUGUUUUGAUUUUCUGUAAAUAAUUGAAUUUGUAUCACAGAGCGAUUAUUCGAAAAAUAUUACAAUUACAAGAAUUUCGACAAUGCUCAUGAAGAAAUCCAGAAACGAUGUGAGAGUAUUAGAGCUGGAAAAAUUUUGCGUUUCGAAGAAGAUGGUCCGACAAUCGGUGAGAGUUUUGAUACAAUAUUUUAUGUGGAAAUUAGAGCAGCUUUAUGUUUUCUAAAACCAUCGGGAUCGAAACUCAAUAAUCAGGCUUUUUUUGGUCCGUUCUGAAUCAAAUCAAAAAUUGAGUUCGGAUUCUGGUUCUGAUUUCUGAAUGUUGGACUAGAGUAAUCACAGGAGCGCUAAUUUGGGCUUGAAAAAAUGGAUAAAUUUUUGAAGUGAUCCUGGUUAUUUUUGAUGGUCCGAGAUCUACUGAAAUUUUGGUUCUAAAACUCGAACCCGAGUUCCAAAUCGAAUUCCUCUAAUUUCAGACAUGCGAAAAAUGUUGGAUGAGGUUCUUGGAAACGAAGAUGUUGCUGGUGAUUUGAUUUGUGUUGAUUCUUGGUCAGAUGAUGAUAAUAGUCCAAGAAAUAGCCGAUCACCAAGUCGUAUGUUAUUUGUUUUUUUUUCAAGAUUCUUGUCUAGUGCGGAUUUUUCAGAAGAACCGAUUGAUCGUGACGAAUGGACAUAUAAAGAUUUCACAAUUCAUAGACUUGAAAAGAAGUACGAAUGGCCUUUUGAGAAAACAAAUGGUGUGUAUUGGCCGGUUAUUAUUCCUUCGAUUAAUACACGCAGUAAUGUGGCCGAGUGAGUUUUGACAGGGGAUUUUGAAUUUUCAAAAGGGAUCAUUUUUUGGAACCGGUUGACUUUGCUUGGACCUGUGAGCUCCAAAGUAUGGCUCAAAAACCAACUAGAAAAACAUUUAUUCCAAUGUUUUUUUCAGAAAACAUGUCAAAGAAUUGUUGAAGGAUCACAGUUGUUCGGGAUCGUAUUUGACGAAUAAUGUGAGUUUUCUACUAUUUACACAUCUCAAUUUUCAAAUCAAUCUUCGUUUAGUUCCUCAUUUGCGACGACGAUUCGAACGUAUCGGCAAAAGAGCAAUUUCGCAAAAAUUAUGCAAAUUCUGGAGAUUUUACACGAGGACGUGAAGAAUGGGAUCGAUAUAAUGCGAAAGGAAAUGGUCGAUUUGCGAAUCGCAAGCCGUGGAAAACUGUUGCAACUGACCAGACAAAGUAAGCAUUUUCGAUGAAGGAAAGCAGUCCAGAAAUAUUCUUGUAAAAGUUUUUUAACUGAAUACAUUGAAAAACAGUAGGAGGACUAGGUUUACAAGUUUGUCUUCUAAUUGUAAAAAAUCUUUCUUUGAAAAAUCCAGAAUAGGUCUGAUUUUCAUUAAUUUUUGAAAUUUUCAGAGAUGAUGCUUCCAAAGUGUAUUAUGCGAAUUGCAAUAAAGAACGCCAAGAAGAUGCGGAACUUUGGGAUGAGUUAGAAGAUGACAGUCAACACAACAAUGGUAAUUAAUUAGUUUAUUAAUUAAAAAAUUGUUUGCAAAUUUCAUUUUUUUCAGAAGUCACCGAAAGUCGCUUGAUUUCUGUUCACGUUCAAACAAGUCGAAUUGAUUGUUAUUCGAAAAAAUCGCUUUCGAGACGAAAUCAUUUGGGCGGACGUGUUCAAUCGAUUCCAAGAAGUUGGACAUUUGAUGGAUAUAACAAUCUGUCGCCUGAUAUUCGUGAUAAUAUUCUUGGUCAUUAUCUCAAUUCAAAAUGCAUGGAAUAUGAUUCGUUAUUGGUUGAUAGUUUGAAUUUGGGACAUUAUUCGAAAUGGUGUUGGAUGCCGAUGUUAACUUCGCUUUAUUCGCAAUCAAAGUUUUCGUAUUCAUCAAAUCUUUCGAUAAAAGACACGUGUAGUUUUGAUCUUCGAAAUGAAAAAUUGGACACGUUGGUGAGUGUAUUUUUGGGAUGUUUAUCAGAAAACAUUAUAUCUAGUAUUUAAAAAAAAACUAUUUUCAUUAUUUUUCCAAAAAUAAAAUAUCUUCUGCCUACUAAAAAAAGCUUUAUUUUACAAUAUAUUCCGUUAAAAAAGUUUUUUAAACAAAAAUUUGAAUCAAAAUGUACUGUUUCGAAAUUAAUUUAUGAAAAUUUUAAACGUAUAUUUCUAAAAAAAAUAUACAUUUUAUUGAAAAUUUCUAUAAAAUCAUCUUUUUUUUACGAGUUUUCAUUUGUCUGAUUCUGAAAAUUGGUUUCAAGAGAUUUUUUAUUCCCGAUUUAUUUUCCCAAGAAACAUUUUUUUCAGAUCAAAAGCCGCAAUGUGAAAUUAUCGGAGUUUCGAAAUUUGUGUAAACUCAAUGCUGCUGACAGAAAAGUUUGGACGAUUUUAUACGACAAUUUGAUUGCGUAUUUUGACGAUUUUCGUGAGUUUUUUUUUCUCAAAAAUAUAAGGGAAAAGCUAAUUUCAAGUUUUUAUGGCUGAAAAUUAGAAAUCAUACAGGGCAUCUUCGCCCAACAGACCCUGUAUGUAAUGAUCUUUGAUUUAAGCGUGAAUUUUCAUUAGCUACCCGCCCAAAUCAAAAUUUUGAUUCGGGCGUGAAUUCAAAAUUUCCAAAAUGAUCCCCCUCCCCCUCGAAACAAUUUUUCCAAAUGUCAUGAUCUCCCCCUCACAGUUUUGGGAGCAGUGCCAUGUAUGGGCCCUUUUCAGCCCCUCAUUUGUGUACCUAAAAUUUUUGCAGCAACUUUGUCCCAAAUCAUGGAUCGUCCCGAAUUCAGCCAAAUUCUCGAUCACGCAUUUGAAGCUCGCAGCCGCCGGAAAUCAAUUGGUAUGUAA